AAGGAAAGUGGACAGGCCAUCGCCCAGAUUUCAUCAAGACUGAAGGAUCCAAACUGCAUUUCUGGAUAAAAUCAAAUCUCAGGAACUAUUUCUUCAGAAUAAACUUUCUACAGAUAUCUGUUUCCAGGAAAAAAGCAUUUCUUGAUUGUAAUCCAAACAGGUCCUGAUUAUUUUCUUCUUGUUCUUCAUCUAUCAGCUAGGGUUGUUGUUGUGUUGAUUAUCUGCAAUGGCAAUGGCUGCGGCUCUCCGACGUGAAGGAAGGCGAUUUGCUCCUCUGGUAUCAUCCUCUUCUUCCAUCCUCAACAAUGCUGCUGCUGCUGUUCGAUCCUCGCUUCUCUCGGAGGGGUUGGGUCCUGAAGGAGCUCGUUCAAUUUCUACUCAAGUUGUCAGGAAUCGGAUGAAAAGUGUUAAGAACAUCCAGAAAAUCACAAAGGCAAUGAAAAUGGUUGCAGCUUCAAAGCUUAGAGCAAUUCAAGUGAGGGCAGAAAAUUCACGUGGCUUGUGGCAGCCAUUUACAGCACUUCUUGGGGAUGUUCCCAGCAUUGAUGUGAAGAAGAAUGUUAUCGUGACAAUUUCCUCUGACAAAGGGCUCUGUGGUGGGAUCAAUUCUACAUCAGUCAAGAUCAGCAAGGGUUUUUACAAGAUAAAUUCUGGUCCCGAUAAAGAAAUAAAAUAUGUCAUUUUGGGAGAAAAGGCCAAGGCUCAGAUGGUGCGUGACUCUAAGAAGGAUAUUGAGAUGUCCAUAACAGAGUUGCAGAAAAAUCCUCUGAAUUAUACUCAGGUUUCUGUUCUUGCAGAUGAUAUUCUAAAGAAUGUCGAGUAUGAUGCUCUUAGGAUUGUUUUCAACAAGUUCCACUCUGUUGUCUCAUUUGUGCCAACAGUGUCAACUGUGUUAUCUCCCGCGGUGGUGGAAAGAGAAUCUGAAGCCGGAGGAAAGCUUGGUGAUUUGGAUUCUUAUGAAGUAGAAGGGGGAGAGACUAAAGCAGAAGUGCUUCAAAAUCUUACAGAAUUUCAAUUUUCUUGUGUUAUGUUCAAUGCGGUUUUGGAGAACGCAUGCAGUGAGCAAGGAGCGAGGAUGUCUGCCAUGGAUAGCUCAAGCAGGAAUGCUGGAGAAAUGCUUGAUCGGCUCACACUUACUUAUAACAGAACCCGUCAAGCAUCGAUUACCACCGAGCUGAUCGAGAUCAUAUCGGGAGCUUCGGCACUGACUGGAUAAAUUUGCAAAGACUGUCAGCGUAGUGUUCCUGACCAUUCCGAUCAAGGUUUUGUUUUGUGGCCUGUGUUGCACUUCUUUGAUUCUUUGUUGCACUUCUCUGAUUCUUGGUUUCAUGGGUCAGAUCUUUUUUGAACUAAAUAAUAUUGAGCAUCAUCAUAAUAUAGCCCAAUCGUUUCAUGAGUGUCACAUCCUCCUGCAUUCUUUUCAGAUCUGAUAUUUUUCUUGACUUUCUGUAAUUUUCUUUAUUGGAUUUUCCAUGAGUUGAAUUUAUAUGAUGUGGAUAAUAGCUGCCCACACAUCCACUGUACAUGGCACACUACAGAUUUUGAGCCUUAAGUGUGGGUGUUUUAUAUCCUUCAAUGGAUGAUCGUGGGAGUCCAAUCUGCGGCAAUCAAAUGGUUGGAAAGUAACUGAA